GAGACGGUACUUUACCCUCGGUCGUCGACAGUCCGCGUCCUGGUGUCUGCGUCUUAUUGUUAGAGAGAGAAUCCCGAAGAGUGUGGUGUACGGUUUAUAUGUACCAAACUGGAAGUACGAUUACCAAAUGUCAAAAGUUACAAGUCAAGUGUCUUAUCACACUUCCGAUGAACACGUUGUCCGUUGAAACGAUAGAUGACUGUUCGAGUAUAAACGCCUCCUAUCAUCCAACGAGUAUACGCUUAUAAAGCACACAUAACGAUGGAGGUAUUGAUACACGAAGCGAGUAACCGGCAAGAAAUCAGAGCGAGCGAGCCGACUUGCACGAUCGAUCUUAAAUCAACGUCCAAAACAAAACGAGAGGACGUCGAUACACCAUUUCAGAUUAAACGUAAAGAUGAUAAAGAACCGAUCGACAUCAUCUUCGAGAACAUCACUUAUACUGUGAGACUCGGCUUUAGGAAAGGCACGAAAGAGAUUUUACAUGGGAUUAAUGGAAGGCUUCCAAGCAAACAGUUGAUAGCUUUGAUGGGACCAUCUGGUGCCGGGAAAUCUACGUUACUCGACAUCCUGUCCGGAUUUCGCAUAACUGGCGUCCAAGGCAAUGUACUAAUCAAUGGUCGCAACCGGCAUCUAAAUUCCUUUCGAAAAUGCAGUGCGUACAUCACGCAAGACGAUCGAUUGGAACCGUUACUCACCGUGAUCGAAAACAUGAGAGUCGCCGCUGAUUUAAAGCUUCCGACAAGCACGUCACGACACGAGAAAGAAAUUAUCAUCGAAGAAAUUCUCACGACACUUGGUUUAUACGAACAUAUGCAUACGAGGUCCGGUAGAUUAAGUGGCGGACAAAAAAAACGAUUGUCCAUUGCAUUAGAGUUGGUUAACAAUCCCACGGUUAUGUUUCUUGACGAGCCGACAACAGGUUUAGACAGCUCGUCUUGCAUGCAAGUCGUAAACUUACUGAAAGUACUGGCACGACAAGGGAGGACAAUAAUCUGCACUAUCCAUCAACCUAGUGCGUCCAUGUUUCAACUGUUCGAUCAAGUGUAUGUCUUAGCAAAGGGGGAAUGUAUGUAUCAAGGAACGACGAACAAAUUGCUGCCUUAUUUAGAAAGCAUAAAAUUAACAUGCCCUAUGUAUCACAAUCCCGCCGAUUAUAUAAUUGAACUCGCUUGCGGAGAUUACGGCGAAGAUAAAAUUGACACAUUGAGAAAUGGAUCGCAAAAUGGAAGCAAUUGGCAGUGGUUUGAAAAUUCGGCAGAUCUGAUGGACGCGAAAAGUUUGAGAGCGGCGCGUCCUCUGAUAAAUAAAUUCGAAGAUAAGAGCGGUCUGCACGCAACUAGUCUCGCACAUCAAAUCAAAAUCUUGCUAAGAAGAGGAUACAUCAUGUGUAAACGAGAUACAACACUGACACAUUUACGCAUCGGCGUCAACGUACUCGUCGGUUUAAUGCUAGGCUCGGUCUUCCUGCGAUCCGGCGCCGAUGGUUCGCGCGUUUUGGACAACUAUAAUCUCCUUUUCUCAAUUCUAAUCCAUCACAUGAUGACGACAAUGAUGCUCACUAUAGUGACGUUUCCCAUGCAGAUGUCUAUCUUGGUAAAGGAAAAUUUUAACAGAUGGUACAGCAUGAAGGCAUUCUACACUGCUAUAACGUUAAUCGACGUGCCAAUUUCAAUAAUAUGCUGCAUCAUUUUCUCAAUAAUUGUAUAUCUCAUGUCAGCGCAGCCGUUAGAGUUUAUUCGAUUUUUUAUGUUUUUGGCCAUUAGCAUGCUAAUAGUGUUUAUAGGCCAAGGUACUGGUCUCAUGAUAGGCGCUGCGUUUAAUGUAGUGAAUGGGACAUUUAUGGGACCGACAGUGGCAGUGCCGUUGAUGAUGUUCGCCGGAUUUGGCGUGUCAUUACGCGAUCUACCAAACUAUCUAAAGUGGGGAACCUACAUCAGUUAUUUAAGAUAUGGUCUAGAAGGAUUCGUUGGAGCCAUUUAUGGUUUUGACAGACCGAUUCUAGAUUGCAAAGAGAAGGGCGAGCUGUACUGCCACUAUAGAUAUCCCUCCAAAUUUCUCUCCGACAUCGCUAUGAGGGGGGACCAAUUCUGGAACGACAUUAUCGCGCUGAGCACGAUAUUAAUCAUCACGCGAUGCGGCGCGUAUUUGCUUCUACGAUGGAAGAUUGUUUCAUACCGAUAAAGCCGAUGUGCGGAUGGAUCUUCGCAAGAAAAUAAAACUAUUUUUUUUUCUCAUUAAGAUUACAGGUGGUUGCGAAUCGUACGUGUUUAAUCUUCGGAUUUAUAUCUGAAAUGGAAAUAGAAAUCGUAUCCUUGCCAAAUCCAAAUAUUCUUUUUCUUUUUCGUUUGAUUGAGCAAUUGAUCGUCAUUCAUUUUGUCUGUCAGAUUGAUGCAUAUUUUUAUUAUUAUCGAAACUUAUCCCCGAACUGAUAUUUAUACAACGAAAAAAGUGCCAUAAACACUUGAUAUAUAAUUUUUUUAUAUAUACAUAUACAUAUAAAAUUCAUGAGAGUGUAAUCUCUUGAUAGUCGCGAAUGAAUGAAAACGAGUGAGACUGUGUAGGCUUGUGUAUAUAUACGUAUAUAUAUAAAUACGUAUAAACACAUAUAAAUAUAUCCAUGCAUGCGUAUCAAGACACCGAAAGAUAUUGAGAAUAAUGAUGAUAACAUACGUAUGCAACGAUGCCGUUAGUGAACAGUGCGAUGUUGUAUUUAAUUUUUUUGCUCGAAUGUGAUAUUAUAUAAAUGCAGCAUUAGAAAACUGUGCGUGGUAUGAUAUAUGGUGAAUUAGUAAGAUAUAUUUUAAACUUCAAUUGCUUCUGUUAUAGCCCUGACAUCUUUUAGCUCGCUCGAGAUUUUGAUAAGCAAUUAUGUCAAAUAGAGCUGAACCGCGUUAUAUGUGAUAAGAAUGCGAUAUGCAAAUGAUGCGCGUUUGUUUAUUAAGUAAUUCAUAUAAUAUUAUUAUAUUUUUCAAAAAUUUUGAUAUAAUAUUUGUCAAGUACUGUAUUAUCAAAAUGUCAUUUUCGAAUUAUUCCUGAUAUUUGAGGAAAUAUUGAUCCUUGAAUUAGUAAGAUGUACUAAUUGUUUAUUCAGUUUAAUCUUUUAAAAAUAUUGUGUGAAUUGCCGCUCAAGAGUUUUUAAGCUUAUUAUGUAUACUUUACAUAUUAUUAUUACAAUUAUUACCGUUUCAUUAUUAGUAUAUAUAUAUAUAUAUAUAUAUAUAUAUAUAUAUAUAUAUUUUUAUGCUAUUUAUUAUUUUAUUUUAUGCAUAUUUAUGCAAAAAAAAAUAAUCUAACAAUAAGAGAGAGAGGGAAAAAAAAUUUGUUCAAACUGUCUGUUUUAUAUUCUCGUCAGUUUUGUCAAGUUGGCCACCCUUAAUGACUAUUCAUCUAUAAUAUUUUGGUUUAUAUAAUAUUGUUAAAUUUAAUUUAUUUUAUUAUAAUAUACAAUAUAUUAAUGACUUGCAAUAUAAUCUAAUUAAUUACAAGAAAAAUAAAUUUUAUUAUGUUGUUAUUGUUA